UCUUCUCACUUUGUCAGAUGAGAUCUCGUCUCGUCUUCCCCCUCGCCCCGAUUCAAAAUUUUCGGGCUCUCCCCUUUCCAACUAGCCGAUCCAUCUCCAUGCCCAAACCCUAGCGUCACCCCCUCCCCCCCCUUGCCCCGGUCUCCUCCACGACCAUUCUGGCAGCCGGCCAUGGAGAAUCUCUUCAUGCAGAUCUUCGAGUGCCAGGAUAGAGUGACCUCGCAGAUAAGGCAGCAAGUUGAGUCCAACGCUCAGUCCUGCGCCUUCACCCUCCUCGCCGCCGGCCACCGCCCCCCGCCGUGGCUCCUCCCCUCUUGCGCUGGCGACCCGCAAGAGCUGAAUGGCAAGCCAAUUGUUUCGGAGUUACUUUUCCCUGGAGGCCAGAUUACUACACCAGCAACCAAUAGAACUGCCUUUCUGCCACCAGCUGCUCCUAGUGCUUCAUGCAGAAAUGUGAGGGUUCCAAACGGAUAUGCUGGUCUAGAGACUAUUUGUGACACACUGGACACGAACCAAGAUGAAGUUCCUCAGCAAAAGCAGGUUUCAGUUGGCAGGGAGCUUGCUGAGGCUAGUUCUGAAGUCAACAUGUUCCCUCUGGCACAUCGUUCCAGGUCAAGGCAGCGGCGUAUCGAAGAUAGCUUACGUGAGAAGAAUGAAGCUACAAACAGUGGAAGCAGUGGUGCUCUGCAGGACAGGAUGCAGAGGGUUAAACUUGCAGAUGUAGGUUUGAACAGAACAACUGCAUCGUUAUCCUCCAAAUCGUGUGGUGACGGAGCACACAAUGCUGAAACAACAACCUCUUUGCCUGGUCAGGAGAAGGGUUCUUAUGCCAACCAGGGUAGGUCAAAUGAAUUAUUCCAGUCCAGCAAAGGUGGUGAUAUUGGAAAUCAAGGAAUUAACCAGACUGUCAGUUCUGAAAAUAAUGUCCCUAAUGAUUGUUCUGUCACAAACUUGAUUGGAGUGCAAGUUACCGAUAGUGUCUGCCAUCCACCCCCUGAAACAUAUCUGUCGGUUGAGCCAAAAAAACUUCAAUUUGAUGGUGUUGAAUCUGAUUGCAUGAAUCCUGCAAGCGGACAAACAAUGCAUCUACCAGAAUGUGCUUUGGAAAGUGCCAAUCUUGAGCUUGCUGAGGCACAUCCUUUAAAUGAAGACCCAUCUUCUACCAGCUGUUCUCAAGUUCCUUGUUUUACGGGCAGAUUAUUGCUUGACGGUGUUGAAUCAGGAUAUUUGAACCCUGACAGUGCACCAGUGAAGCAGCAGCAGAGAAGUGCUUUGAAAUGUGCCAGUCUUGAUCUUGCGGGCAUGGAUUCCAAAAAAGAGGAUCAAUCUCUGUACAGUUCCCCUGAAGUACCUAAUCAUACGAGUGUACAAUUGCUUCAAAGGGAUACACUGCACAUUGUAGAAGAUACUGAAAGAAUACUAAACCCCGAUGGCUUUCCAGAUCGGAAUGGGAUCAUCACUUGGAGUUCUGACUCUUCUAAUCAACAGUGCUCCGAUUCUCAUAUUUCACAUCCUCCAGGCAGUGAAUCUUUGCAGCCACCUACCCAACAAGCUGAUACUAGUUCUGGGGCUCCCGCAUCAUCAGAAAUUUCGCCGGACAGUUUGGUAGAGGAGGACGGGUUUGAGGACCACUCACAUUUGUUUGUAAAUGAUGUGGAUAGCCAAUGCUCCCAAUUCAGGUCCACUGCUUGCCCAGAGCAGCUUCAAGCUCAGACUGUUACACUGAGUGAUGUUUAUAGAGAAAGCCUCUCUUGUGAUAAAACACAAAGUAACGUCACACCCUCUAAUGGUUGUCCUGUUGUGUAUGCCUCUGUAUCUGCAAACAAUGAGUUAUCUCAGGAGCAACAGUUCUUGGCCAGAACAUCUUUAAAAUGCAAUAAGAGAGAUGUGGGUACUCCUUUAGGCCAUGCUUCUCCGGCCAGACACAAUAAGAUGCUCGAUGGAAAGUCAGCAUGUGAUGCAGCCAACUGCCAUUCAGGAAAGUUUGGUGAUGUUCUGGUCGGAAACACAGCUUUGACCAAAGAACACGAUGUUUCUGUUUGGGGAAAAAAGGAUGCCUCUGCAGUGCCAGAAGUUAUGAGUUGUAUUUCAGCAAGAAGAACCAGCAAACAGCACAUAACUGAAAGGAGCAGUAUGGUUCCAGCCGAAAAUCUGCAACAAGAUGGAACUGAGAACAGCAAACGUCACAAAACCGAAAGGAGCAGUAUGAUUCCAGCAGAAAAUCUGCAACGAGAUGGAACAGAGAAAGAUAAACGAUCAAAGUCUUUGCAACCUUCUGUUCAAUACUUUUUACGUAGUGCAGCAUCACAUGAGAAAAUUAGUCUGCUCGAGUCAGACAGAAGCAGUGCUGCAUGUGACCAGAAGAGGUCAGUUGGAGAUGGUGUAGAAGUAAAUGUCAGUUUGUCACCUAAAAGGAGAAGAAUAAGUUGCCGACCAGACUUUGACAUUGGCACUGCUGGUCAUAAGACCGCGAUAAAUUUCUCAGGGAAAUCACAACCUUCAGGGCGUUACUUCUUAAGAAGUUCAGGAACCUGUGAGAGCAUGUCUCUGGGGUCAGAGGGGAGGAAUGAUGCAAGCAACCACAAUAUUUCAGUUGCAGGUGGUGUCUAUGGAAAUGGAAAUUCUUCUUGUGGAAGAAGAAAUACGACUAGCCAACUAAAUGUUGUCCUUGGUGACUCUCAAGGUGCAAGCAGCAUCAGGAGUACUGUUGAGGGAAGGGUCUUGGGGAAUUCUCAAGAACAGAUACAGGGUGAUGUAGGAGUCGAGUUUCCGAUAACAAAUUCUGCUUUGCCUAGCUUGUCUGGCAGCCUAUCUUAUAGUGAGGCAAACUGCACACAACAGGAAGAAACUUGCUUAGAAGGUCAGGACUUAAAUGACGUGAGUGUGGCAGACCAGGAAAUGACUCUUCAGAUGGAUAUCAUAUCAUCUCCAGUUGCAAUAUUAAAUCCAGAAAAUUAUUCUGGAAUGGAAUCUCUUACUAUAUUUCCGAGUUAUGCUUUAGAUCAACAUGGCGAACAAGCAUCUGCUCCGAAUCCAUUGUUUCAUGAGAAAUUAUGCUAUGGCUCCAAUGUUGAACUUGGUAGGAAAUAUAGAAGUUGUGAUCCAAAGGGACAUUUCUUGUCCGGUGCUGCUAUUUUAAGGCAAUGGGGUGAUGAACCUUUAGACCGUGAUGAUUCAAUGCCAGAAUUCGAGAGCUUCAGUGUUCCUGCCCAAUUUGACAGCCCAACUAUCGGAAAAAGGCCAUUUGAGGCCCUCUAUGACUCCAGAGAAUUGGUCACCCUCAGCUCAGAUCCUUCGAAGUAUGAUACUAACACAGCGAGUGGUAUGCAUCAGCUAUUAACAACUGUGUCAGCAAAACCUACAAACUGUUCGUUUUCUGAUGAUCUACAACAAUGCGGUGCUAGUACCAGUCGCAGCAUUAUGGACUCUUUCGGUGCAUAUGGAUUGGAACUUGAUUCCUUUUUUAUUUCUGAUGCUGUAGCAUCAUGUUCUUCAAAUGCUAGCAGCAGCCAAGAGAUCAAUGAAACUCCGUUGACUCCAUCAGUUGAAAAAUAUAGCCUCGGUAAACUUUCAUCAAGAUCUGGUUCAGAACACAUGGGUUCUAUUCCCGAACUUGAAUGCUUCCGAAUUGAUGAGGACAGCAGCAUUGCAGAAGAAGAUGAGCACCAAGGCAGAAUAGCACUUCAGGAUAUCACUAGAUUAUGUCAAAACAAUGGAAAUUCUAUGUCCCUUUCCACGGGAUGCAUGGAUACAGGAAAUAUAGGCUUUACUGCAGAAUCUUUGAGUAGCGAGCUCAGUCAUCCUACUUCGGUUAAGAGAGAAGGGAAAGUAUCCCGUUCACUUCAUGGCAGAUUAGGCAGCACAGAAAUACUCAGAAAUAAAACACAGUCAAGACACAGGAGUGAAGCAAAUGUUGACAGAAGAUCUAAGCCUACCAAUAUUGUUGCCAAUAUGACAUCUUUUAUACCUCUUGUAAAACCAAAGGUGCAAUCUACAACAGCAUGCGUGAAAAAAGACGUUAAGGUAAAGGCACUUAAGGCAGCUGAAGCUGCAAAACGUCUUGAAGAGAAGAAACAAAAGGAGCAAGAAGUGCGCAAAGCAGCUGCAAAACUCGAGCGUGAAAGAUUAAAGCAAGAGAAAGAAUUAAAACAAAAACUUGAAGAGGAACAAAAGAAGAAACGAGAAAUUGAUGCGGCCACUAAAAAGAGGCAGAGGGAAGAGGUGGAAAAGAAGGAAACUGUGAGAAAAAGAAAAUGCAUUGAUGAAGCUCGAAAACAACACAAGCAGCCUAUGGAUAGACGGCGAGCCACGAAGGAUGAGAAAGAUGCUCGUCUAAAAGCUUCUGAUAAUAUGGAGCCAAGGAAGAAUUUGGUUGAUGUAGGCAAAAAUCAAGGUAAACCUGACGAGACUACUGAACCUGCCUUUGAAUUGAAGGCCAAUAAAAGUAAGGACGAGAAGGUUGUAGCAGUAGACCAGUGGCCUGCAAGUUUUCGAUCUGAUGCAAAGGAAAAUAUCCUGAACAGUCUCGAGGAGUCAUACAAAAUGUCUCCAUAUAAAGAUUCUGAUGAGGAGGAUGAUGAUGAUCUUGAACAUGAACAAGAAUCAAGACGCAGAAGGAAAUUUAUUCCUUCUUGGGCUCGAAAAGAAAACUUGGAUAAAAUCUUAUUAUCCAAUAAGAUGCUAGACCCUAGAGAAAUUUUUGCACAGAAAUUCUCCUUCAACAUAUCUGACGUUCUUUCGGCCCACAUUCCGCAACGUGGCUUAAGAUAAGCUUCCAUUUUGAUGAAGCACUGGUAAUAUGUCAUUGCUGUUCUUCUGGCGUGUCCAUUUUGCUUUGUCACCAGUGAUGUGUAUAAGCUGAUCUGUACUCGCUCUUGUAAUUUAUAAGCUCUGGAGUAUGUAGGAGAACAUUGUCGUAGCACUUCACUAACCUGCCAUCGACCAUUGAUUGGCAAAGCUUUAGUUUGUUUGUGACGACUUCCGUCACAUUAUGGACGGAGAUUGUAUCAGAGCAGCACCAUGUGAAGUAAGAUUAUUUGUGCUGCAACCGUGCUAUGUCAUUUCAUAGUCUAGUGUCAUCAUUUAA